AUGUCGUCUCUGCUCCCACAAGCGGAGGGAUACCUUCCCCUCUACAUUUUGUUCGUGGGCGUCACCGCCAUUGGAAACGCCAUCCAAUGCUACAAUACCCUCUCGUACACGCAACGUCUCUACUCAGGCCGACCUUCAGCAACCCAAAUCAAGGGCAAAGGCGCCCCCCAAGCGAUCUCCCCGGUUACGCAUCUCUCGUCAAGGACAUUUGGGACUUGGACGCUGGCAGUCGGGAUUGUUAGAAUAUUUGCUGCGUAUCACAUCCACGAACCGUCAUGGUUUCAGAUGCAGAUGUUGACCUAUGUCGUCGGGCUUGUGCACUUCAGUCUGGAGGCGUUUGUGUACAAGACUUGUUCACCGUCAGGGCCGUGGCUCGCUCCUAUCAGUGUUGCCCUGAUUGGAUUGGUUUGGAGCAUGGCACAAUAUGGCUUCUAUGUCAGAUAA